AUGGAGCAGAGCAAGCUCAUCUUUAGCCUGGACCGCCACGAUGAAGGUCCCAGUGUGGCCUUUUCUAAAGAAAAACCACAAGGCAGGGAGAGCCAGCCCGACCUCAGCCUCGGGAUGGAUUUGGACCUGAGCCAAGGCCAUCGCUCCCAGCCCCCCUUCCUGCCCCACUCCCCCUCAUCCCCAGGCUCUUUAGCGGAUCUCUCGGCAUCAUCAGCAAGCCUGCUUGUCACCACCAACCUGGUCAAAUCCUCCUCCACGGAGCUGGACCCGAGCGAGAGCAGCUCUCUGAGAGGCAAGCCUCUGCUCAGCCUGGUCAAGUCCCUGAGCACUGAGAUUUCCCGCCGGGUCGAGCCAGAGGUCAACCUCUCCAAGUCAGACUCCAAGCUGCAUCUGCAUCCCUGGAAGCAGCUAACCCAUCCAAAGAUCCCAGAGGCCAGGCCUGAAGCAGGAGGUCUGAGUGAGGAUGAUGACUGGGCAUCACCUCCGUCCGCAGGCAACAUGCCUCCCGCUGAACCCCGGGGCAGCUCGCUGAUCGCAGAGCUGGAGGACACACGGAGGAAGUUCUCUGAGGCCAUGCAGGAUCCACUGAGCAUGCUGAGUAAGAUCAUGGGUGACGAAAGCUCUGGCAGCCCCAAGCAGGGAAGAGCUUCUGGUGCCGGAGACUCCCCGGCCUCCCAAGGCAGCUGUGGAAAAGACAGUGAAGAUGUGGAUCUGAAGUGCCGGAGGAGGACUGAUGGGGAGCACAGAGGUGUGUGUGACACACCGCUGAAAAGACUCCAACAGGGCUCCUCAAUAAAGUCCCCCUUAUCCCCAGAAGGCCAGACCCACAGCAGAGACAGCCAUUUCGAAAUUCGCACUUACGGAGAUAUGAUUCAGGUGGUGGAGCUCCAGAACGGGUCCAGAGGGACUCAUCACAGAACUUACACGGCGUCUCGAGUCACAGUGCCGGGCUCAUCGCUGCCUCUUCACUGGCUCUUCCUUGUGGGUCUUCUAGCUUAUGGCUUCUUUGUGUUGCCCCUGCCCUCCUAUGUGACAGGCCUGUCCAUGGGGGUUGCGUGUGGCUUUAUGUUGGGCCUGGUGGUGGUGUUCAUGUUUGCCCCGCGACGCUCGUCUGCAAGAAACAACAAGGGCUCACGUUUGAACAAGUCCAGACCCCUGAACACGGAUCUACUGGAUGGAGAGCUCACAGAUCCAGAAACCCUAGAGGGCUGGAUGAAUGAGACACACAGCUACGACCCUGAGACUUUCCACCCCUCCAUCACACACUCUGUCCAUGUCACUCUGGAGGGCAGCAGCCUGCGCCUGGCAUACCCGCGUGCCAACAUCCCCCGGUGGGCAGGCUUCGACGAGAUGGUCCACGAAGCCUCGUUUUUGCGUUCACGCACUUACCAGCUGGCUAACUGUAAGGUGUCUCUGUUGCCACCUGGUUUGGCUCGCAAGAGGGUGUGGAACAAGAAAUACCCCAUCUGCAUCACUCUGGCUGAGGGGGAGGUCGGGGAGGAGAGCGUCAUUGAGGGUCAGGAGGAGGAAGAAAGGGCAGAGAGACACGCGGCCCCGGACCACCAGCUUCCUGUCACCCUGCACCUGUUUGGCCGCACCGGCAGAGAGAAGGAGGAGUGGUUCCAGCGCUUUGCCUCCGCCUCCCAGGCUGGAGCCAAGAGCAGCGUGAGCGGGGAGGAGAACACGGAAACACCUUGUGGCGGAGACGCCGUCAGAGAAAGCACAGAGGAGCUGCGGGACUUGCCCGGAGCUAUGAAAGCAAGAACGCUAUUGGACUACAGCACCUACAUGACUCAACUGAUUGCCUCACAGAGUUGCGAUCCCACCCCCAGCCCUUGCCAUAGCAACAAGGGAAGCCCAACGACCCACAAGAAGCUUCACAAUGAAGAGCAUGGAUCCGGAGGACAGCACGGUGCAGGGGCGGAGGGUUGCUCUACCGAGGGCCAGUCCACCUGGGUGAACUCCCUGGUGGGAAGGAUCUUCUGGGACUUUCUUCAGGAGAAGUACUGGACCGAUCAGGUGGCACACAAGAUCCAGAAGAAGCUCAGCAAGAUCAAGUUGCCGUACUUCAUGAACGAGCUGACUCUGGCUGAUCUGGACAUGGGCACAUGUCUGCCUCAAGUCCUCAGCACCUCCACACCUACACUGGACCGCAGAGGCCUGUGGCUGGAGCUGGAGUUGGUGUACACAGGCUGCCUUCAGAUGACCCUGGAGACGAAGAUGAACCUGUGCAAGCUGGGUAAAGAUGGAGAGGAUGAGGCUCACAGCUUUCCAGAGACACAGCAGGCAGGCUCUAAGCCCAGGCUGUGUAUACUGGCCGAUAGUGAUGAAGAGUCAUCCAGCGCAGGCUCGUCUGAUGAAGAGGAAGCCCCUCCGUCUGAGCCACAGGGGUCUGCCGGAGAUAAGAGCACAGUGGUGGCAGCUGAAGGGCACACAGGUGGCAGCACAAGUAGGAAGAUCUUGAGGUUUGUGGACAAGAUAGCGAAAUCCAAGUACUUCCAGAAAGCCACAGAGAACGAGUACAUCAGGAAGAAGAUAGCUGAGGUGUCCAACAUGCCUCUGAUGCUCAGCGUUGAGGUUCUGGAGCUCUCUGGCACUCUGGCCGUCAACAUCCCCCCUCCCCCUACUGACAGGAUAUGGUACAGUUUCAGGGUGCCUCCCAGGUUAGACCUGCAUGUGCGCCCCACACUCGGGGAGAGGGAGGUCACCUUCACUCAUGUCACUGAGUGGAUCGAGAAGAAACUGCAGUGUGAGUUCCAGAAAGUGUUUGUUAUGCCCAAUAUGGACGAUCUAUAUCUGCCCCUGAUGACAUCUGGCCUGGACAACCCACCUGCAUCCCACCAAUCCUCAGUCCACUCCUCAUCCCACCAGUCCUCCGUGGAGUCCCAGGAUUACCUGUCAGAGUAGCGCCGCUGUGAGGCCACAGUUGGGACGACGUCAAUGCAUUGUGCAGCUAUUGCCAUGGGUCUUGACCAGAUUCUGAGGCUGUUGCAGGUGGGCGCUUGCUCGGUGCUCAUCCCGAGUGUGCUCGUUGUAACCGGUGCAGACAGACACCCCCUGAAUGGAGCACUGGGCACAACGAACUCAGGACUGUGAGAAUGGUGCCACAGUGCCCCCUACUGUGAAGACAAUUAAACUGUAUCUA